UCGAGCCGAGAUGUGUUCGAAAGGUUAAGGACGGUAUGGCCUUCCGGUCCUCUAAGUAAAUUUUAGCAGUAUCUACUGCUAUCACACUAAAUUGCCCGACCCCGCAAAGCGCUGCACCCAGCGAGCCGGUAAUAUGGGGCUCCUAUGGUCAAGAUUCAAGCACAAGCCUGGAACAAAAGAACUCCUGGACGAUAUCGAAAAAAAACAGAAAAGCAUAGAUGAGUACAAAUACAGCACAGAGCGACAACAGAAGAGGCUUGUGGGGGCUCUCAUAUUCUACUCGUCACUGUUCUACAUCCUGUGCAUGGUAAUCACCUACAUAUGGUACUUCCCAAGGACUGUCCAGGGCCAAGUGAUGUGCAUCGUGCCAUUGGUGUUGUUCCCAGUCUUAAUAGUGCUUGCCAAGAAACUUCUGCAGUGGUACUUCCGACGAAAAAUUGAGAGGAAGAACGAAGAGCUUGCUGACCUGAUUAAACAAAAGCGCACAGUUCUCGACAACGUGAUGGAGACUGAGACAUACAAGGUCGCCAAGGAGAUUCUCGAAAAAUACGACCCCGAGACGUUGAGGAAGAGCAUUAAAGUGGAAGAGAAGGCUGGAAAACAGCUGGCACUGCCUGAAAUGACUGACCUGCGUAGGCGCAUGCCCCCUUCCAAGGCACCCCUACGCCCUGCUCGGCUGCCGCACUCCAACCUUAAGAUGCCCUCCUCCUCUAACAUGCCCUUUGAGGAGCGUCGCAUGAUGGUGGUGCCUCCGGGCAUGUCCAGGAACGGGCAGCAGACGCUCGGUCCCCUGCCACUUCCGAGGCCCAUCUUCCCCAGGGAGCGAUCUGCGUUCGACAGGGUGAUAGACUUCCUGGUGGGCGAGGGACCUAGCAACCGGUACGCCCUCAUCUGCAGCCGCUGCAACUCUCACAACGGCAUGGCGCUCAAGGAGGAGUAUGAAUACUUGGCGUUCCGGUGCUGCUACUGCCUGUACUGGAACCAGGCAAAGAAGCAGCGCCCUGAAAUUCCCAAGGUCUUCGAGCUCCCCGGAAGCAUGCUCGCUCUUCCGCCUCCAAAUUCGUCUGCGGUUGUCCACGACGACUCGUCAGCAUCCCUGAAGAGCUCCAUCCCUGACAAUGCAGACGAAACCGAGAUGGUGUCGUGCGACGAAGGCUACGAGACCAAGCUGGGCAAGGACGAGGGGCCGCCGACUGAGAGGGUGCUGCCAGUGGACGCCUCGGGAGACAUUCUGAGCCCCCAGGAUGUCGUACGGCAGCCCAAGCAUGCAGUGGUGUCUCCCUUGCCCAAGAACCCGAUGGCCAAAAAAGAAGACUGACGCUCUCCUCCUUCGUCCAGGUGCCUUAUGCAGCUCUCCGACGAUGCAAGACAAAAGGCCCAGAGAAGCCGUCGCUGUCGAUCGGCCCUCGAGACAAAGCGCGCUCGGAGGGCAAGAGAGUCUGAACAGUGUUAAACUAUGAUGGAAUUGUUUGGAGCGUGCCCGAAGUUACACAUGGUUACAACAACCGAUGCGGAUUAUUUCGUUAAUCAGGCAAGAUCUCUUUCGCGACGACCUUCGGUGUGCGAAAUAGCGAGCUACCUCGACGUGCAUUUUUGAUUGUUUUCUUUUUCUCGGUUUUAAUUGAGUAACGUCUAGUGAAAAAUGUUGGAGCCAUAGAAACUUCAAUAAAUGUAAUUGCGACGCAGUUGAGCACUGACAAUAACACCCCGAUGUGAUGCUGCCGAUUUUUGUGCAUACCAUGCUGCAAUAAUAGGAUAUGUCAAAUGAAAGGACUUGUAUCUUAAGUCAAGGAGCGUUGGAAUUGCUGUGUCUAGCUUUUUUUGUUUUGGGAGGAGAGGGAGUGUUCCUGUUUUAAUUCAGCUCUAACCGCUUUUGUGGCCUUAUGAAUGAACUAUUCUUUAGAAGGUUUGCCACAACAGAUUGCAUCGUAAUCUGGAGUGUUUUGUAGCGAGGAGUUUGCUGGUUACUAGCUCAAUACUAGCAUAGCUCGUGGUUCCCGAAGGAUUGUUGCGAGAUUAUGGUUCAUGGUUUUUGGUCAUGGUUUGUCUGUAGUCGAAUCCUUAUUUCCUAAGAGUUACGCAACCAAGGAAAAAGUGUGGAAGAUUCAUCUCUGUACAUGAUUGCUAGAAACGGGGGCUGAAAUCAUGGGACUCACUUUUAAGCCUAUUUAAAAACGAAACAUCUCCAUAGUGAACCUGUUUGAUAAAAAUGUUCUGUAUGUCUUGUUCACAAACGUAAUAAAUACUCGACUGAACAAUAAAGUGCAGUCGUGAAAACUUU